CUUUAAACAUUCCCCAGCAACCAUGUAAUACUUGGAUAGGGAUUUUUGUUUGUUUAUUUAAACAAUCAUUUUAGGCCCUGCCAUAAAUUGCCUUAGAAAAUAAGUUUAGUGAGGGUAACUUUGAAGUGUGUAAAAAUCCUAUUUAAAUAAAAACAUUUAGAAUUUAAAUAGACUAUUUAAGGUGCUUGUGAAAUGAGGCAGGCUUCAGAAAUGGCUCCAUACUGUAUCUGUGUAGCCAGGGACAUAUGUGCGGAAAUGUGCCAGCCCCAACAGGAGUCUGCGUACUCUGCAAGCGAGUUUUACUGUUUUACAAAGGCAGCCUGGCAGAUGUGCACACGCAGCGGCUUUUGGAGCAUCUGCCUGCAGGCACCCAUGUACAAGUGUUUGUGGGCUUGUGAAGUUGUACUGGAACAGUCUUGGAGACUUGCUGUGAUUGUGCUUGCCUUGACAUGUGUGUGCACGUGCACAUGUGUGAGCACGUACAUGCUCACCCUCACGCUAUCCUGUGGCCAGUAUGCCUCAGCUCGCACGAGUACUGCCAGCGAGGCCGGGCAUCUUAUGUGACUGUGUGGUUGGAGAGCGAAAGAAGCUGUUGUCCUCCCUUCAAAUACAAACUCUGUGAUUUCAGUCUUCUGCUGGUUGACCGCUUUCCACCCUUGGCCAUUGUCUGUAGGGGAGGAAUAAUAUUUUGGUCUCUGUGAAAGGGCCAGGAGGAAGUCAAGCAGAUAGCUUCUGCCUUUAUAACAGGUGAGGGACACAGACUUGGGCAUCUGCAGGGUCUGGAUAGGAAGCCCUAAGGCUGUGAUUUGGGGGCUUGCCCAUAUGGCACACUGAUGGGCAAAGCUGCACUGCUAGAUCUUUAAGGAAGAUGCCAGAUCCCCUUCCUCAGCAAAACUCCUCCUUGUUGGGAGGAGUGUUUUAAAAUAGAAAAUAGCGAUGAGCUUGAAUCAUAUAAUGUAGUUCCUGUUAUUUAAGUGCCUCUGAGAAGAGGAGGAUAACUUUCCUGGGUUUUCUGGGACUGUAGAAAAAAUUUCCCUUGCUCUCCAGAAAAUUGCCAAGUUGCUAUUUGUUCUCCUAGAAAUAGACCAUGAGCGGAGAAAACCAAAAAAACUUUGCUUAAGGAAAACAUGAAUUGCUCCCCCACUUACCUGCACUUUGAGGGUACUCUUGUCAUGCUACUACUUGCAGCAGGUUGGGGAUGAAGGCUCAGCAGAAUACAAUAAGCGACCCUGAAGACUUUGUCCUCCCUUGUUUUAGUUGUCUCCAACUGGUACUCCAUGAUACUUGCUCUGGGUGGUGCCUUUUGCAGUGUCCCAGAAGCAGCAGGCCAUCCUCACCCUUCUCCCUUGAUACAAGGAUCAGAAUAGGAAAUCCAGAUACCUGUUGGCUUAUCUCCACUGCCUGCCCACACAGUCAUGCAUGUGCUCACAUUUUCCAGCACUGAUCUUGUGUUUGCAGUUAAUUCUGAGAAGUCGGGUGCCGAGCUCUCUGACAGUAUAACGUUUUACAACUCCUACUUGCUUCAUACAGACCUUGCCAGAGCAUUAGUCUUUGCAGAACUGUUGGCUCAUGAUUCUUCUGUGGAUCAUGUAUGAAUUCUGCUACUGGUUUCCUUCUCCUUGUGGCAAGAUUGCUCAGGAGUUGGGAAGGGACCGGGUUCCUAGCAGUAUGUUGCUUAUGACAAACCUUGGAAAUCUCGUAACUGUUUUUUUUUCUUCUGUUAGAGCUUUUGUGCAGACUUUCCUAAUCUGUUCUCGACUGUGCUGUUUGCAGAUGCAAAUGCAAAAAAGCAUUUGUCUGUUAGCACCUUAGAUCUCUUUGUGCCUCGUGGGAGCCCUUUUCUGGAUAGAUAAGGGUGAGGUGUCCUGGGUGCUUGGAGAUAACCUGUGGGAGUUGGAGGCUCUGCUUUCCCAUCUGGUGGGUGUGCCGUGAGUGCAGCCAUUUCACUGGCUGGCGUUUGAGCAGUGGACUCUGUCUGGCUCUGGACUGUUUUCCAGCUGAGCAUUUGUGGUGAUGUCAGGCAGUGUGAGAAGGGAACAUGACUUGGCAGGACAAAGUCUGCAGAAAGUUCAGCUCCACACUUGGACUAGAGCCUUGGAGGGAAUGAGCUCUGCACACGCACAUUCUGCUGCACAGACUGUCACACGCCCUCUCACAUGCUCCCUUCCUGUCACACAGAUCCUCUUUCUCUCAUUCUCAGACCUUUAACCCUCCCCUCCUGGCUUUCAUUGUGUUGAUUUACACAAAACCAAAAAAAAUCCCCCCUCCUUGUUCUUCUGUUAUUGUACCUUUUAAAUGUUUUUUAGUUGGAAUGACCCCCAGAGCAGAAAUGGACAGACCAUGCAGGCCAGAAUCCAGAGCAGUAAAGUCAAAAGCAGGAUGCUGCAUUUGAGAGAAGAGAUUGCCCCAUCUUUUGUCAUCUGGCCAGCUCUGGUUUCUAAAACUUACAGUGAGAGUUGAGACAGGCAGUAGAGGCAGCACAGCAGAUUAUAUCAAGACGACAGCGUUCCCUCUUGCAGAUACAGCUUGCAGUAUCCUUCUACCUCUUCAACUGGAAAUGUGGUGCAAAUAGGGACAGGUGUUUCCUUGCUGACUUUCAGUAGCAGGGAGAAGCUAAAGACCUUGCAGACGCCUGCAGCCUCUUGCUCGUCAGUAACAAUGCUGCAGCGAUGAGGUUGUAGUGAGCCCUUCCUGCGUGGCCUCCAUGGGUCCCACUCAGCUCACCACACAGGAUCAUGGGAAGCGAGUGGCAAGUGUGUUUGAGAUGGAGGAGGAAGGGCUUUCACUCUUCCCUGGCUCAGACAACCCCCCUGAGCAUGCAGAAAAUCCCCCCCUGAAGCGGAAGAAAGGUCCAGCCCCUAAGAUGCUGGGAAAUGAAGUGUGCAGUGUGUGUGGAGACAAGGCCUCUGGCUUCCACUACAACGUGCUGAGCUGUGAAGGCUGCAAGGGCUUCUUCCGCCGCAGUGUCAUCAAGGGUGCACAGUACGUCUGCAAGAACGGCGGCAAGUGCGAAAUGGACAUGUACAUGCGCCGCAAGUGUCAGGAGUGCCGGCUGCGCAAGUGCCAGGAGGCCGGCAUGCGGGAGCAAUAUGUUCUGUCUGAAGAGCAGAUCCGACUGAAGAAACUGAAGAAGCAAGAAGAUGACCAAGCUCGGACAGUUGUAGUGCGUCCAAAUCCUCCGCAUCCGCCAAGCCCUUCCCACAAACUGACGCCUGAACAAUUGAGCAUGAUAGAGAAGCUUGUGGCCGCUCAGCAGCAGUGCAACCAGCGCUCAUUCACAGACAGGAUCAAAGUGACGCCGUGGCCCCAGGUUCCUGACCCUAAUAAUCGUGAAGCGAGGCAGCAGCGUUUUGCUCACUUUACAGAACUUGCAAUUAUUUCUGUGCAAGAAAUUGUGGACUUUGCCAAGCAACUGCCCGGCUUUCUGGAGCUCACCAGGGAAGAUCAGAUUGCUUUAUUGAAGACAUCUACCAUAGAGGUGAUGUUGUUGGAGACAUCUCGACGCUACAAUCCAGAGAUUGAGAGCAUCACAUUUCUUAAGGACCUGAGCUAUAAUCGGGAUGACUUCGCCAAAGCAGGUCUGCAGUUUGAGUUCAUUAACCCCAUCUUUGAGUUCUCAAAAGGAAUGAAUGAGCUACAGCUCAACGAUGCUGAAUAUGCACUUUUAAUUGCCAUCAACAUUUUCUCUGCAGACCGACCGAAUGUGCAGGACCAGUCCCUGGUGGAGAGGCUGCAGCACACCUACGUGGAAGCCCUUCAUUCUUAUAUUUGCAUCAACAGACCAAAUGACCACCUGAUGUUUCCACGGAUGUUAAUGAAGCUGGUCAGUCUUCGGACACUAAGUAGCGUCCACUCUGAACAGGUGUUUGCCCUUCGGCUGCAGGACAAGAAACUCCCUCCUCUGCUCUCAGAAAUCUGGGAUGUGCAUGAGUGACUGCAUGCUCCCAGGGCACUGAUGUGUCAGGAUAAUGCCAUCUCCCAGCCUUUGCUAGCAAGAAGCCAGCCUACCCUCUUCCAGGCACUGAACUCUGGGCUAGGCAGUGCAGGGAGCGAUGGGCCUGGGGUUUCAGUGAUGUCAUGAGAUUAUGUAGGAGGCAGCUGGGGUAGAUCAGAUGGGGGGGGUUGAUGUAGUGCCCACACCCCAAAUGGAUGACGUUAAAUAUCUGAAAACGGUAGAAAUGAAGACCCUCCCCAUAUACACAUACACCUCUCUCUUCAGAGUCUCUCUUUUCUAAGCAUGUCCUGGGGAUUUGCCCACUGAUCCUUUCCUCUCUUGUUGAUUAUGAAAGUGAAUUUGCAGGAACUUGCCAAAACCUCUCUAUUGAGAGUAACCGAGCUCAAAAGGCUUCUGCAGGGUCCCCAGUGUACCUGGAUCUGAGGAGCUCAGGGAAGUCAAUGUGGAUGUUCUAGGGGUUUCACUGGGUUUCCUAUAAGUAAUAUCUCUUUAUGUGCUGCCCUCUGCAAAGAUUCCCAGAGAAGUAGCUGUUGUUAUUUCUUUAUUAUGAGACUUCAUCUCUAGAGUUGCCCUUUCAUUCUGGCUGUUCUUUGGAAAGAGGAUUCCUGGAAUGGGUAGUGUCCUUUAUCUAACAUGAAGGCCUUCUGGGUAGGGAACAUUCGUACAUCAGAAAGAUGUCAGGCAUAAAGUAGUGGAUUUUUACAUAAUGCAUUACCACUUUAUCUUAUACUGAUUCUCAGCCAGUUCACUUUACCUUUGGUUUGCUAACAGCUGGAAAACUGUACCUCAAAAAAUCAGGAUAUAGAUUUUAUAUUUGGGGGUGGAAGAGAAGAAAGUAAGUUGGGAAGGACUGAUACCUAGUCAAGGUAGGUGUGGUGGAAGGAUCUCAAAAACUUUAAAGAAUUUGGAGCGUGUGGCAUGUAUUCCAAGAAGAUCGUGAAGAUGUAUCAGCCAAGGAGAGAGAACAUGCUGCAUUUAGUGAAGUAUGGGCAUUGUCUAAGCUACAGGCUACACAACUCUCAGAUCAUGGGCUACAGGAAUGUUGAGUGUAACCAGAUCUGCUUGCCUCUUCUUCCUUUUGUCAAAGUCUUUCCAAGGUACUUAGUGAUUGGGAUAUGGAGGUCCUUGCUGUAUAAGGAGUGUUGACUGCUCUAGAAAGACACUUAGGUCCUGUAUCCUUUCUUUUCCACUUUGGGCACAGUGAGAAUCCACACUAGUUUUAUGCCCUCAGUCCUUAAGUAUUCACAACUGUAAGUAUUGUAGGAUUUAUAGCAAUAUUUUGUCUGACAGAAGAGAAAUACACUGUUGCAAAAAUAUGUUCCUUAUUUUCCAAGAAACAUCAUCUUGUGGCUGAUCUCAGAGAUGUAACCUUGAGUACCCUGGUAGCUUGGUCUCAUGAUUCUUCUCUCUCAUAGGGGUCUGUGUUUGCUUGCCCGGUGAGCAUCCCAAGAGCCUAGGUUCACAUGGCUUUUUUUUUUUUUUUUUUUUUUUUUGGCUGUGUAUCUGAGCGCUAUGCCCGUGGUGAGGGUAUUGUGUCCAUUUUGCACUUGAGGUUGGUCCCCUGCCACUGGCCUUCACUCUGCACCUUUGUAAAGCACUUGUAACAAUCUGUAAAAUAAUCUGUUGUUUUUUAUAACUCAUUGCAAUUGCAAAAUUUCUUGUUUAAAUCUGUAUUUUUAACUAAUCUGUUUGAGAAAUGUUAAUGUUUAUAUAAAAGAAUAAAGCCUAAUACAGGACUCUGA